AGCAUCGAAUCUUAACCAAGUGAGAAUUCCUUCGUCACCCCAGGGUGUGGUAGUCGUUCAGAGCCAUGUCAACAAUUAAUGCUCCUCACUGGAGGCUGCAAGAAGCCAUCCGGGAGGGAAAGAUUAAGGAACUGGACAAUCUUCUGACUGCUGGAGCAGGUCAUGCGAAUCCCCUGAUCUUGUUUGCUGCUGGCAAUGGUACUGCAGACUGUGUGCAAUGUCUGCUACGCCACGGAGCUCACGUGAACACCCGAGACGCGAGCAACUGUACAGCACUGAUCAAAGCAGCAGAAGGAGGGAAGUUGGAGAAUGUAGAGGCAUUACUGUCUGCAGGAGCCAAUGUGGCGCUGCGAAACAAGAGAGGAACCAGCGCACUUGCAGCAGCCUGCUACAUCGGCAAUGCUCCAAUAAUUCAGUGUCUUAUCGAGUACGGGGCUAAGUUUGCAAUGUCUUCUAAAAAGAAUAACCUUUCUCCAGUAUCCAAAGCAGUUGAAGGAGGUCAUUUGGAAGUUGUGAAAAUGUUGGUUGAGUUGGGAGCAAGCACCAUGAAUUGGCGCAAAGGCAGUUCUGCUUUAACAUUGGCUGUUCGCCGAGGACAUACAGAGAUCGUACGGUAUCUAGCAGGUGUUGGGUCUGACUUAGACACAAUUACAAGGUAUGAUGGACCAGCUCUAGCCUGUGCUUUGCGGUGUAGAAGAACUGACAUAGUAGAAAUACUGCUUAAAGCUGGCGCUGCGUGUCGUUUCAUGGAUAAAGAUAACAAAACAUUGCUGAGUAUAGCCAGCGAACAGGGAAUGCUGCAGAUAUGUAAGAUGCUGAUCGAAGCAGGCGAAAAUGUGAAUCAUUCAGAUCGGCAAGGAAACACAGCCCUGAUUUUGUCCGCAUACUCUAAGCACAGUCAAGUAGUGCAGCUUUUAAUAGCCUCUGGGGCUGAUGUGAAUGCAGAAAACGGCGCUGGUUUGACAGCCCUUAUCUGUGCAUGCCGGCAGAGCCAUGAGGAGAUUGUUGAUGUUCUGCUCGCCGCCGGCAGUGACGUAAACCAUCACGACAAUGCCCACGGUGACACGCCAUUAACCUGGGCUGCGAGAACAGGCUCUGUAAGCAUUGGUAAGUUGUUGUUGGCCGAUGGAGCAAAACUGGAGGACACGGACAAGAAAGGGAACACAGCUGUGUCUGAAGCCGCGACCUACAACCAUAGUUCUUUUCUUGAGUAUCUUUUGAACAACGGGGGUAAACUUGAUCACCAGAAUGCUAACGGCUGGUCGCCCUUGAUGUUGUCAACUCGCUGGAACUCCCCUGAUACUACUGAUCUGCUUGUAAAACGCGGAGCGGAUUUGGAUCUUCAAAAUGAUCAAGGUUGUACGGUGGCCAUGUUAGCUCUCGAGUACCACAAACUGACGUGGUUUGAGAACUUUGUUGAUCGAGGGUCUGACGUAACGAUUUGUGACAAAUACGGCAACAGAGUGAUAGAAAAAUUCAUGCGAAGUUUUUUUCGUCCCGAAAGAGAAAACUCAUGGCAGCUACUUGACAAACUGCUUGACAAAGACCCGUUUAUUGGCCCAUCCCUUCAUUUGGUUUUAUGGAAAGACAUCCCCUGUUCUUUAUUGAUAAAGUUAUUGAAAUUAGAGGCAUAUCCGUCGCUGCAGUCAUCCAAGCACGACUUGAGAAGUUCAAAGCUGGGUCCUGUAACUCCCCUCAUGGUAGCUCUACUCUCUGGGCACACGGAUGUCGCACGGUAUUUUCUUCUGAAUUGGUUCCUUCACCACGAUGACAUCACCAAACUUCCGGAAAGGAAAGCAGUGAUGGACUUUUUAAGAACAUAUUACCACAGCAGUGCGAAGCUAGUGUCUGAUUUAUAUGAUCAACCUCUGACCCUAGCCUGCCUUAGCUUUGUUACUGUGUCUACUGCUGUAGGAUUCGGUCAAAGCAGAAAAAACCGAGUGAAAAAGCUCGGCUUGCCUGUGAUGUUUCAAAGAAAGCUGCUCUACAAAGACGACACAAUGGAUUGCCCAGAGGAACUCUGGUCGUCGAUUUCUCUAGAAUGUGUACACGGAAGAUAGGCAAUCUAUUUGCGUGAACUGUUUCGAGAUGGGUACACUGGUUGGUUCAUUUAAUAC